AUGAUUGACCAGGAUGAUAUCGACCUGGCCACCGUGCAACGGGAUGAUGUGUUGCGUCGCCUGGUCCACAUCAAACAGCUGACCGAUCACUUCUGGACAAGGUGGCAAGCAGAGUACUUGCUGGAGCUACGCAAUGCUCACCGAAAACCACAGUCUGCAAGUCGCGGAGCCGAAGUUGGCGUGGGAGAUGUUGUGGUCAUACACGAGGAUGGUGUGGCCCGCGGAUUAUGGAAUUUGGCAAGAGUGGAGAAGUUGCUGACAAGCAAGGAUGGACAAGUCCGCGGAGCAGUCGUGAAACACACCACCAACGGCGGUCGCGUGACAUGUUUGCGCCGUCCACUGCAACUGUUGUAUCCCGUUGAGUUAGGCGAGCACCGUGAGAGUAACACACCCGAUGACGUCACAUCCGCUGAUUCAGUGGUACCAGCUCCCGUCACUCAGCCAUCUGUACCGGAGCCGAGGGCAUCUAGAGCGGCAGCCACUCGAGCGAACAGUCUGCGGUAG